AGCAGAGACGUAACGUCGUAAGAGAUUCUCGAGACCAGUUUAUGGUUUGGAUUUCAUUCGAGAGGGAGUGCAGACGAAAAAGAGUUAAAAUGCGGUAUUUUUUGAUUGCUGCUGCGAUUUUUAAUUUCAUCGACGUUGCUCAGGGAAAGAUUCGAUGUUUUGAUACCAUAACUCAGAUGGUCUACUUUGACAUUGCUAUUGGUCCAAUGAACAGUCAGCCCUGGAACCCCCAGCAGCCUCAGGUUAGGACUCCCCCUGUCCAGAACACGAGUCGGAUUGUCAUCGGUCUGUUUGGAGACACUGUUCCAGUCACGACCAAAAAUUUUGCCGCAUUAGCCACGGGAGAAUAUGGAUUUGGUUAUGAAGGCAGCAAAUUCCAUAGGGUCGUCAAAGACUUUAUCAUUCAAGGAGGAGAUUUUGAAAAUGGUGAUGGAACAGGAGGAAAAAGUAUUUACGUUGGAGACAGCUUUUUGGAUGAGAACUUUGACAUAAAACACUAUGGUCCUGGCUUUGUUAGCAUGGCUAAUGCAGGUCCAAACACCAAUAAAUCCCAGUUCUUCAUCCAGAUGGCCAACCAUGCAAAUGCUACUCACUUAGAUGGUCUACAUGUCGUGUUCGGAAAAGUUCUUGAUGGAAUGGACACUGUGCGAAAAAUCAAUGAGCUACCAGUGGACCAGAAUUCCAGACCAUACCAAGAUGUUACCAUUGUCAAAAGUGGAAUCUUGCAUCAAGAAUAUGAGGUCUUUACAGAAAUGAUACCCAGUAGAUAAACUAUUUUUUACUGCGAGUCAUUCAGGACAUUUUGAAAUAUCUGUUGGUGAACUUGUUUAAUAUAUGUACACUGUAGAUAAAUGUUUGCUCACAUUGAUCUGGGGGAGAGGCUCGGUAGUCUAAACACGAGAUAUUUGAGAUAUUCUGUUUUCUAAACUUGAGAUAUUUGAGAUAAUCAUAUUUACAGGUACUUUGUUUUCCAGGUGUGUGUCUCCAAAUGUUUUUCUCAUUUAUUACUAUAAAAGAGGAAAUAUAAAUAUAUAUCAUUUAUAUUAUAAUAAGAAGAGUGACAUUUUAUUAUUAAAAAAAAAAUAUUGGGAUUUACUGUCCCCUGGAGGUAUAAAUUUCCUAAUUAGAAGACAAAUCAUGUUAACUCAAAUUGUUGUCACUUUUUGACUUAAAUCAUAUUGUGUAGAAUGUUUUGUGUGGUUCCUUUUGUACAGAAUUAUUUAAAUAGUGUUGCUUAAUUGAAUAUUGUUGGCUUGAUAAAUUAAGAACAGUGACUAUAUGAAAAGCAGUGCUGAAACAUUUGCAAAUAUAUACAUGUACUUUGACCAGAAAAUGUAGAUGUACAAAGUAUCUUUAUUCUUUUUCUAGAAUCUUCUUUUAAAGUUAAACAAAGGUAACAUAUUAAUUUCAAGAUGAUUAUGAGAGAUAAGCAUAUUUCUAGAUUAUUUUGGGAUGUAGCUAAAUUGCCAUUUUAUUACAAAAGUGUUUUUGCUAUCCAGGUGUAAAAGAGAGAGAGGUCUUGAUAUGCAAAUUUUUGAAAAUCGCCUUUAUAUGCAAAUAAGAAAAACAAAAAAAAAAACAUGCUAGACAAAUCUGUUUUGUCAAAGUUGUAUCUUCUCUCAAUUAAUUUACUGCCUUUUUGUGUCAUCUCCAUGCAAAUAAUGUCAAAAAAUUUUGUAUGACCUAGCCAAAGCAGUUUGGCAAGAUGUGUUACACAUGUGAAGAUACUUUCUUCUUUAAAGAGUUGUACAUUGAAAUGCAAUCUACGCAAAAAAAAAAAAAAUAAUAAGCCCUAGUUUAAAUGGGUGCCUCAAAGGUUUUUUUUUUACUUCCUGCUGAAGAUCAGGAUUAUGAAACAGCUAGUAGAGACACUUAAUUUAAUAUUCAUGUUGACUGCAACAUAUAUUUUUCAAUGUGGCAUUUUACAUGGAAUGUAUUUAUAAGGUGUGUUGUUGUAAAUCUUGUUAUUAUUUGGGAAUUUUUUUAUGUCUCAAAGUUUUAAUCAUCUACACUGUUAUGCCAAAUUGAUUUUGGUUUCAGGUUAAAUAUCAUUAAAAUGAAAUAUUUUUUAAUAAUAAUUUAUUGAUAACUUGUUUGUUUUCCUAAUAUUACUAAUUAGAUUUUACACUUAAACAUUUUUUUUUACCCCAAAAGAAAAUAUCCUGCCUAAGUAUUAUUCAGUUAUAUAUGCUACUACAUAAAGAAAGAGCAUAUAUCAAGAAAUUAUAAUUUUAUUACAUGGACUUGCUUUUGAUUUGUAAAUAUAUGCAACAUUUUUAUAUAGAGUGCUGUGAUUAUAAAAUACAGCUUUCAACUGCAAAAAUGUGCCAAACAUAAGGACUUGCAUUUUGAACCUUAAGGAAAAUUACCUGAGCUUUUUUAUAUGGUCUUGUAAAUACCAGUUGCUUCAUGACUGAAUAUGGAAAGUUUUAAGAUUUAUGAGGAUAAGUUGGAUUAAUUGACACUGAAAGCAUUUUUCAAUUCAUUGCAUUUAAUUAUCAUUCUUUAAGAAAGCGUUUAAGUAAAACUUGAGAUGAUUUGCACUCAAUUGACAUACAGUUUACGUAUAUACUAUGAGCAAAAUCAUGUUAAACCAUUGUAUUAUCUACUUGCCCUCUGAUUUAAAUCACAUUUAUUUGUAGUUGAUUUUUAAUCAUGUAAGUUCAUUACUUCAUUUUUAUAAUGAAUUUCAUCCCUAUUAAAAGAAAAAUCUUUAAAA